AUGGGCAGCGACAGGGUUUCCAUCCUGCUGCUGAGCUGCUUCCUGCUCUGGUUCUGCCUCCAGACCAGCAGCAGAGUUUCAGCCGUGAACCUUCGGCGGUUCGUCGGCUGUGCGGUCCGAGAGUUCACCUUCCUGGCCAAGAAACCGGGCUGUGGAGGGCUGCACGUCACCACCGACGCCUGCUGGGGGCGCUGCGAGACCUGGGAGAAGCCGGUCCUGGAGCCCCCGUUCAUCGAGUCCCAUCAGAGGGUUUGUACUUACAAUCAAACCCGAGUGGCUUCGGUCAAACUCCCAAACUGCCAGCCGAACGUGGACCCGACCUUCAGCUACCCGGUGGCCCUCAGGUGUGACUGUGGAGUCUGUCUGACCAGCACCACCGAGUGCAUCACCUCCGUAUGAAACAGGAAACACAAAGAAAUACGACGUGUUCAUGAACUGGGGUUCAGUCGAUGCUGCUGUUUGGAUUCUUUGUUUUGG